AUGGUUACCAUCGUCGUGGCGGGCACCGUGCAAUCAGCUGGUGUGAGCCCGCCGCUGGCAACGAGCACUAUGGUUGAAAUACCAUGGGCCUUAAGAAUAAAGAAAGCUGUGAUGAAGAAAUCAUCGCUGUCUGUAACCGACAUGAGGUACAAGCCAAAGCCUGCCGCAGCUACUCCAGCCCCCGAGCCACCAGCCCCAGAGGAGCCCGCACCCGAGGAGCCAGCCCCCGAGGAGGACACAACACUGCCCGACGUGUCACCACCUGAGCCCCAGCAACCCGAAACCAAUGCCAGUGGUGAAGAACAAGUCGAGGCCACUAAUGCCGCUCCUGUAGAUGGCACAAGUACCCCGCAACCACCAACUGACGAGGCGACGGGUACCUCAAGGAACCCUGUACUGGUGCCCAGGUGUGGAUAA